AUGUCCUUCCAUUUCGCGUCCGCACCGCUGAACUUUCAGCGGUUUCUCGAUCUCACUCGAUCGGGCUCUCGUAGUUUGUCUCCCGAAAAUGAACUAAGACAGAUGGUAGUAUCAUCUGCAUCGAGUUCUCACAUCAAGCAAGACGAUUUGUUAAGUUCUUCCAGCGUCUAUCCUAGCAAUUCAAAGUCUAAUCAGCUUCACCAAACUUCAUAUGGCCACCUUACAGGAUCGACGACAUCUCUAAAAGCAAGCUCGUCGUCAGUUGAAGAUGAUCACUUUGAUGGAACGGGGAACCCCUUACUAAAGUACACUGCCGAAAUCCGUGAGGAUUACUUGAACAGUUGUGGUUUUGCGGAAGAAGAGUGCCUGAAGAGCACUAACAACGAGGUGAUGAAUGAACUGGUCGAAGAAUUCAAGACCUUUUCAUUGUGGCAGUAUGGUAGUCCUUUUUACUACCCUGUUACAGACGAAUUUUACUGCUGGAACCUGCACCCACUUCAGCCAAAGUACAAACAUGAGUACCACGGUAUGGAGGGCAUCAGUUGUGAUUUUUGCGGCUAUACCGAGUGGCUUACGACGACCGACGAGCCGGAAUCGAACUCAAAGUCUUUAGAUAAACCGAAGACUUCCUCUCGUCAGAGCUGUGGCACUUCUAAGAUUGAAGUUUUGCACACACCCACCCAGCACGAGUCUUCACGUAAGCGUGUAAAAGAAGAAGAAACUGCGCUAGAAGCACCAAAGUCACGUACCAUAUUCCAUCACUGUUCUGUCUGUCGAGCGGAUCUCUGCGCGGCGUGCAUUGCUGACAUCCGCUCUGAUGACCGCUAUCAUGCGCCUUGUCGGCAGUGUCUGCGGUGUAAGAACUACCUCUCUCAUCAGCAGGGAGCUGCGCAUCGCUGUAGAGGCUCUAAGGACACCGCACGUGCUGUUUUCGUCAAAAAAGAGGAAGCGGGAGGUGCGAAAAUACCGGUGCCAGAUUUUCCACGAGGUGGAGUGUGUAUUGCUCCCGAGGAGGACCUUCAUUCUACCUCUCAGGGCCACACUGGGCGCAAGCCAGCAACGCGAAAGCGCACCAAAGCUGUGGAUGAGGCCCACCUCUUGACCGAUAGCCCUCGUGCGAUUAGGACUUCAGGCGUGAAGAAGUCCAACUCCGAUUUUCCAGUCCUAUCCUCUGCUGGGGCUGAGUUGAUCCCGAAGAACAUCCCUUCAGCACCGCUGAAACCGGGGAGUUGGAUGGAAGCGGGUUAUGUUUUAGCUUUGGCGCGUUCGAAUGGCAAGACUAAGCCACAGAGACGGUCUCCGGCAACGAGGACGACACCAGGGCCUGAGAGCGGCUGGGAGGUUUGCUUCACAGCGAGUACUGCGGAGGAGACUGCACAAGCGGAGCGGAUACUGAAAGCUGUGCCCAUUCAGCCAGUUCAUCAGAAAGUGAACGCCUUGCAUGAGAUCUUGUAUAUCUUUAAGACAACUACACGGCUAGCGGCGGAGAACUGUGCGCGACUUGCCCGUGAGGCUGGUCUGCUCGUUUCACUUAGGAAGCUCUAA